AUGAGAAAAUCCCCCUUGGAUGGACCUAUCCAAACCGUGAAUAUCGAACCUUAAUUCGGUGGCGACCCUUUGAUCCGUCGUAUUGGAAGUCGAUCUUGCAGAACUAUUGCUUCGGUAUUUCGGACGUCUUCCAGCCAUGGGCGCCCGCGAGUCAACAUCGACGGAGUCCAGGCGCUCCAUUCGACAAACGAUGUUGUCGAUGAUGGGGCGAAGCACGGCCCACAGCAUGAACGACGAAUCCAUGAUGGCCGUAGUGGCCAAGGUCGCUCCAGAUGACAGCGUGUGGAAUAUCGAGUAUCGUCGGCCACUCGCGUUGUCGGACCAUUACCACCACUACAUGCCCACCAACAUGCCGCUCUGUCCGGUGUAUCAGAACAGCUACGUCCAAGAGUGCGGUCGGUCAUGGAAGAUCAUUUGUAAAGCGUCAACGCCCAAGAUGCGGUCGUACAACAAGGAAGGGAUCGUGCUCUUCUACGACGAAUUCUUUCACCGGUUGUUCCAGCGCGAUCCAGGCUUCAACGACAUCUUUCCCGGGAUCCGAAAGCGCAUCGAGGUCCUUAUCAAAGCGAUGAAAUUUCUCCUCAACGACGCAGGCCUUGAAGAGGCCAAGGUCAUCGACCGAUGUCGCAACUUGGGCUACCGACACAAGACGAUCCCCAAAGUCCGGCCGCACCACUUCUCGGCCUACGCCCAGACGUUUGUCGAGGUCGCCAUGUACUGGCUCGACGUCGAAGCCACUCCCGACGUCGGCGAAGCAUGGAGCAACUUGAUCGGGUUCAACCUUAAGUACAUGCUACAAGCGUACUUGUACGAUUUGGUCGACGAAGCCGAGUGGAAUCAAAAUAUCAUUGCGCCACCGCCUGGCGAAGUGCACAACAUCGAAGAGGCCAAGAAGCCAGCGAUUAAGUCGGCCAAGAAGAAAGGCCAUAGAAAACUCAAACUGGACGCCAGCACCAAAGUUAAACACUAGAUAAAAGUAGUCCGCCCGGUUCUGUUAGGACAGAAAGUCGUACAGGUUUUCUUUGCCACAGAGAGCACGCAAGUGGUGAUGACGCGUCUGUGAAGCCUUGGUCGCCACCCCUUCCAGGAGCAACUCGGCCAGUUUGUUUGCUCCCG